AUGGAAGGUGGAAAAGACAAAAGUACGGACGCCGAUAGAGGGUUUCAUGGAGGGUACCCUGGUGGCUACCCUGCUCCGCCGGGAUACCCUGGCUACCCUGUCCCGGUAGGUGCAUAUCCCCCGGCACAAGGAUAUGCUCCUCCACCUGGACAUUAUCCGCCUCCCGGUGUGUAUCCUCAACCUGGUGGUUAUCAGCCAUCACACGUUGCGUAUCCUCCGAGUGGGUACCCUGCAGGGUAUCAGCAACACCCUACAGCCUACCCUCCAGCUGGUUACCCCGGUCAUGGGCCACCAAUGCCAGUUCCUCCCUAUGGUCAUGGUGCUAUGUACGGAGGCAACCAUGGUGUCGGCGGGAUGAUGGCCGGUGGGGCUGUCGCCGCAGCUGCAGCAUAUGGUGCUCACAAAGUGUCCCACGCCGGCGCCUACGGGAUGUAUGGACACGGUCACGGCCACCACCACGGCAAGUUCAAGCAUGGCAAGUUCAAGCACGGCAAGUAUGGCAGGCACAAGAAGAUGUUCGGGCGCAAGUGGAAGUGA